AUGAUCAUGUCUUCUUCUCACAGCAUACUCAGCAGCUCCAAACAUAUCUUGAAUCCACUAUCAAGAGGUGUAGAUCGAUUUAAGACAUUAUCAACAUUGAUCAAUUUCAAUCCCAACCCUACCAAACAGAAUGGAUAUUCUGUCACAUCUCAUUACACCCCCGAUGGAUCGUAUGAGGGUGGGAUGAUCAAUCAUAAGAGGGGAUUCUCAAUGACUUCGAUUCUGGAGAGAAGUAUUGAGGAAGCUAAGAAAGAUCAAAUCAAAGAUAUGGUUAAAGGUUUCGAUCUAAAAGUUGAUAUCGAACCUCCUUCAACUAUGCGGAUCAAAUACCUCAAAGGGAUAAAACAAGAUUAUGCUGAUACAUACAAAGAUCUCACUGUACCUACAAAAGAAUUAUUGGAAGCUCUGAGAGACAUGCAAUCGUGGAGACAGUUAACACCUCAAACUUCCAAGGCGGUAGAUUAUCGUGAUUCACUAAGAUGUAUCUCGCUUUUAGCUGGACCAGAUGGUGGGAUCAGUAAACCAGUUCUAAAAUUGACGGAUAUCGAAAAAGUUUUAUCUGAUGAAUACGGUGUGACAUGGAGGCUUAUACGACAUCUGAUUGAGCAUGGUCUAGUACCUGAACUAGAGGCUUUAGAUGAUCAAUGGAAAGCCAUGGUGAAAUUCAACAGAGUACAUGGAUUCGGUAAAGUCAAAGCUCAAGCUUAUAUCGAUGCGGGAGCAAGGACACUUGAAGAUUUAUAUCACUCAAAAGAUAAAGAGUUUGGUAGGAAAGUAUCUGAUGCUCAAAAGCUGGCGAUUAAAUAUCACAAAGAGAUGGAUCUCAUGAUUCCUAGAUCUGAAGUAGAAGAAUUCGAAAGAUUAAUCAGAGAUGCAUUGAGAAAAGUUGAUUUGACCCUCGGAUUCGCUAUCAUGGGAUCAUACAGAAGAGGCGAAUAUGUUAGCAGUGACAUUGAUAUGGUUGUAUGGCAUGAUUCGUUCCUUCGUAGAGACAGAGAUGAGAAAUCGAGAAAAGGAGGAUAUCUGCCUGAUAGCCUGAUGGGAAAAGUCAUGGGUGCUCUGAUAAAUGAGGGAUUGAUUGAAGGAGAUAAAUUAUUCUCCAGGGGAGAGAAGAAAGUUUUAGCUUUGACUAGACUCCCUACCUCGAACUCUGUUCAUCGCCAAAUCGAUAUCAGAUUAUGUCCACUUGAGAGUCUACCUUAUAUGUUACUUGGUAACACAGGGGAUGAUAGACUGAUGAAAAGCCUAAGGUAUAGAGCAGUACAAAAAGGAUGGGUGUUGAACGAGUACGCCAUGGGUGAAAGAGUGGAAGGUAGCGAUGGUGGUGAAAUCAUCGUCAAUAGUGAAAAAGAGAUAUUUGACAAGCUCGACCUUCCUUACCUUGAGCCAACAAUGAGAUCCUAUCACAAAUACAGACAUGUCCUCCAUAUCUAG